AUCCCAUAUCCAUAGGAUGAUGGAUUAGCAACAGCCUGGUGCACUUCAAGCUAUGAGUAAUGCUCGUUUUCCUGCUUCUUUUUUCAACAAACAUACAGCUAACCCAGUGUGAGCCCUGCCACAAACGCUCAGUACACCAGAUCUGUACUUCCCCCUCGAAGUGUCCUACACGGUUUAGAAACCUAAGAGAGGAAUGCGCCCGGAAUAAACCCAGUCCCACUCCGGAGUUGCUUACAUCCACGCUGAGUUCCGGGGUAGUCACCUUCCCCAGUGUUACCUAUCCUACGCUUAACUAUGUUGAGGAGGUCACAGAGACUCCCCACGAAGACUGCAGAAGAUCAAGAUGUCCAGUACCGAAGGUCUGUAAUAAGAGAAAUGGAGAUUGUUCGUGUCCGAACCAUUGCAAGUCCAAGUUACCAUCCAUGGACCUGAUGUGCGGUUCUGACUGCAGGGUUUACUUCAGCUCGUGCCACUUUGAAACUCAGCAAUGUUAUGUUAUGCCCAGACUUCUAACAAUAUUCCGACGUGGGUUCUGUCCUCCUCGGAUGAACCCGAGAGUGAAGAUCAGCGCGGGGGACAGUACCAAGAUCACGUCCACUGUCAGUGUUUUAGGAACCUUAGUAUCCCUGACGUGUCACGUGGUAAGCUCGCAAUAUCCCGAAAUAACGUGGCAACAUAAAGACAAUAAGGGUAACAUUCGCACUUUGACACCUCGUCAAGUGGAAUCAACUGUGGAGACAAAUGUUCAGGAGUACGUGACCAGUGUGUCAGUGCUGGAAUUGUUGGACUUCAGUGAGGAGCAUGAUGGAGACUACAUGUGUUCAGCAGUGAUGUGUGACAUACAGGAAUCACACACAGUUACACUGGAGAAAAUUAGAAACCCUGUUUGUUCCAUCCUCAGCACAUCCUUUCUCAGGUCGUUUGAUGGAGUCGUUUACAGAUCCAGGUUUCAGGGUGAUUUCAUCCUUGCAAUGGACAGACAAGACUUCAGGUGGUACAUACUUGGUCGGUUUAGGCCCUGUUCUAGGGAUGGGUCAGAAUAUUGCCUCCACUCAGUUACAGUACACGACUCAGUACGUGGUAUGGCAGUGUACCGGGACUACUGGAUACACGGUGACCAGCUGUGGAAGGAACUGGAGACGGGGGAGGUGGUGUCACGUGAGUUUAAGAAGGCCUACAGAGUGGGAAACACCACUGUGGUGGUGUUGUACGGUGGUGAUGUUAUUAUCGAGUGGGACAACAUGAUGGGAAUUCAUAUCACUGUUUUCAGGAAUGUUAAUACUGGAGGACUGUGUGGGAAUAAUGAUAAGAAUUUGGAGAAUGAUUUGUUGCCGAGAUAUCGCCAUUACUCUGCAACAAAUUUCGGGGAUUUCCUGAAAAGCUGGAGAAUCAGUCACCACCAGAAGGAUCCAAUGAACUGGAUACCGAUUGUUGAGAGAGACAUUUUACUGAACGAAAACACGGAGAAUUUGGGCCACUGCCAGCGAGUCAUCAAAGAACUGUUAUUGAUGCUGGAGUGUGUUCCGGGGAAAGAUAAGUUGGAAUUGUUGGUCAGGGUGUGUGUGUAUGAGAGACACAUUGGGCUGAGGUUCACUGAUCGGCAAAGAUGUGAUCUGAGGUGUUAUUUGACGGAACAGUUGAGAAUCAUGUGUUACCCUGCUUCACUUUAAAAGUCUCAAGUUUUAGCUAGAUGACUAUAUUUUUAUCGCUAUUUAACUUUAAUAGAUUGGAUAAUUCUAAUUACGUAUUUAACAAUUUGAACCUUAUUUAUUCGUAUCCAUUCUUAUUCUAUUUUCACUAAUCAGCAUAGAUAAUUAAAAUAGCCGAGUAGUUUACCCAAUGGGUAGAAAGUGAUAGUAGGACCUGAUUGUUCUAGAUUUGUUUAAAUUUUGUCAAUUCUUAACUCUGCGGUUUAACAUGAAGGACUGAAGGUGUUCAGUAACAGUAGCCGUUAAAAGCAAGCUUAAUUGAUGCACGUUUUAUUGACCACUUCAGACCUCACUUUACAAAACUUUUAAAUUUACAAGACUUCACGAAAA